GAUCCCCAGAGUAAUAAACAGUCUUUCCAUGGGUCUUACUGCUGCCAUAGCGGUGAGGUUCGCAGGGCGAAUGUGAGUGAAAACUAGGCUUUCAAUCCAAAUUUACAACGACGAAUUGUGAUAUACGCCUUGAUUUCCUCAUCUGCAGGGAAACUUGAUAUUACAUUCAGCAUUGUGGUGAAUCUACUGUAAAGAUGGCGCCAACUAUCCAGACCCAGGCACAAAGAGAGGACGGGCACAGGAGUACUUCACACAGAACUGUUCCGGAAAGGUCUGGUGUUGUCUGCCGUGUGAAAUACUGCAAUGGUCUCCCGGACAUCCCGUUUGACCCGAAGUUCAUCACGUACCCGUUUGAUCAGCACAGGUUUGUGCAGUACAAAGCUACUUCCCUGGAGAAGCAGCACAAACACGAGCUGCUAACUGAACCAGACCUGGGCGUCACCAUCGACCUCAUCAACCCCGACACUUACCGUAUUGAUCCAAACAUUCUAUUGGACCCGGCUGAUGAGAAAUUAUUGGAAGAGGACAUCCAGGCUCCAUCUAGCUCCAAGCGAUCCCAGCAACAUGCCAAAGUGGUCCCUUGGAUGAGAAAGACUGAGUACAUCUCAACCGAAUUCAACCGAUACGGUGUCUCCAAUGAGAAAGUGGAGGUCAAGAUCGGUGUUUCUGUCAAGCAGCAGUUCACAGAAGAGGAGAUCUAUAAGGACAGAGACAGCCAGAUCGCAGCCAUUGAGAAGACAUUUGAAGAUGCACAGAAAACAGUCACACAGCACUACAGUAAGCCCAGAGUCACUCCAGUGGAGGUCCUGCCUGUGUUCCCUGACUUUAAGAUGUGGAUCAACCCUUGUGCUCAGGUCAUCUUCGACUCAGACCCUGCUCCUAAAGACAUUUCGGGUCCCGCUGGUGUAGACAUGAUGUCUCAGGCCAUGAUCAGGGGAAUGAUGGAUGAGGAGGGCAACCAGUUUGUGGCCUACUUCCUGCCCAACGAGGAAACCAUGAGGAAGCGCAAGAGGGACUCGGAGGAGGACGUGGACUACAUGCCAGAGGAAGUGUAUGAUUACAAGAUCGCCAGAGAGUACAACUGGAAUGUGAAGAACAAAGCCAGCAAAGGCUAUGAGGAGAACUACUUCUUCAUCUUCAGAGAUGGUGACGGCGUUUAUUACAAUGAGCUGGAGACCAGAGUGCGGCUGAGCAAGAGGAGAGCCAAGGCCGGAGCGCAAUCCACCACCAACGCGGUGCUGGUGUGCAAGCACCGCGACAUGAACGAGAAGGAGCUGGAGGCCCAGGAAGCUCGUAAAGCUCAGCUGGAGAACCAUGAGCCUGAGGAUGAGGAAGAGGAUCUGGAGAAGGAUGCACAGGACUCCGGCGAUGAGAAGGAGAAAGGCAGCGAGAGUGAGAACUCAGGGAGCGAGUCCGAGAGGGACGAGGAGGAGGAGGGCAGCCGGCGGGGUGAGGAGGAGGAAGAGGAGGAGGAGGACGAGGAGGGCGCCAAGCAGCGGCGGCGGCGCAAGGGCAGCGGCAGCGGCAGUGAGAGCGGCGACGAUCGGCAGACCCGCGAGAUGCGUGAUGAGGAGGAGAUCUUCGGCAGCGACGACGACAGCGAGGAGGAGGAGCCCAAGAAUGGCAACCGCAGCAGCGGGAGCGAGGAGGAUGAGGAGGAAGAGGAGGAGGAAGGGGGCGGGAGACGGAGCCGCAGCAGCAGCGAGCACUCGGACGCCGAGCACCACAGCGGUAGCGCGAGCGAGCAAGCCUCAGACUCCAGCGAAGCCAGCGACAGCGAGUGACAGGCCACACCCUCGGCCACGCCCACUCCCCCUGUGUAACUGGUACAUCCAAGCUGCAGCCUCUACCUCAUUCAGGGGAGUUGCUCAUUUUUUUAGGAUUCUGUCCAAAGGGGGGAUUUGUAACAGGGGUGUAGAGGCAAAUGCAGCUCAGCUGGUUAUGGUUUUUUGUUAUUUGAUUUACAUGAAGUUUAAUUUAGGUGUUGUAGUUGGAGUUCCCACCAUUGUUUAUAGUUUGUACAUAAUUACAUUUAUUCUGUUAAGUCUCUCUCUCUCCAUCAUUAAAUCACCCUUUCUGCUGCUUCCAGCCCGUUACUUAAGCUUUGAACCAGGUUGUAUUGCCUUUGGGUCAUAUUUAGCUUCCCGUUUUGAUAUGGAUAUUAUUAUAACGUGCAUAGAUGCCAUAGAUGGCAUAGAUGCCACUCUACUACUCUGAGGCACCGGUAAGGUUGUCUAGGAAUUAAACCUGAUAAAGGUUUUUUUUUUUUUUUCCCACCAGCUUUCAUUACCUGUCAAAUAACAGAAUGUGGAAGUGUAUAUAUAGCAAUAAAUGAGGUUAUUUUAUUUUCCUUGCUGUGGCAUGAAAGCACAAGUAAAGCUGAAUGUGCUUUUUUUGCCACCAUAACUGGUUCCACAUGGGACAUUCCUCCUGUCUGGAGUUUUAAAAAAGGAAACUUUUAUUACCUUUACAUGUGCCUGUGUUUGGAGUGUGUUAGUGCUAGCUGCUUACACAAAGGAACAGCUGCCUGUUCCUAAGUAUCAUUUUACAGAGGCGGACUGCAUUUUUUUUCUCCACACUCAGCACUGCAAGGUGAAAAAGCUUUUAUAAUCCAAUAACGGCAGCCUCUGAAAUUAAUUAAGGUCUGCAGAGGAAGAAGUUUCCUCUCUAGAUUUCCAUAAAUGCCGUAGUAUGUUCUUUUUGGUCGUUUAACCCUAGCUUAGAGCUAAACACCGAUCAUGCAUAUUAUGCACAUCAGAGAUUGGUGCAGUUAUUGAGUUCCAGUUGCACUCAUCUGUCAUUUGUAUAAUGUUACAGUGUAAAUAAACUGGUUUUGCCCUUUAA